AUGUCCAAAUCGGUGCAACUCAAAGAGGAGGGCAACCGCCGCUUUCAGGCCGGCGACUACGUGAUGGCCGAGGCCCUCUACUCGAAUGCAACGGCCAGCGGCCCGUUUGCCUGGCUAACAUGGUCCCGCCACAGCCUCAUUGUCGACCCAAACAACCCAGCCCUCUACACCAACCGCGCCAUGGCCCGGCUUAAACUGUCACAAUGGGACGACGCCAUCGCAGACUGCAACGAAUGCCUGAAGCUGUCGCCCGACAGCAUGAAGGCGCACUACUCGCUCUCGCAGGCGCAUCUUGCGCUGCACGCCUACGACGACGCCCUGGAGCAUGCCCUGAAAGCCCACAAACUCUGCGCGCAGUCCAUGGACAAGAGCCUGGCCACCAUCACAGCCCACGUGCUCAAGUGCAAGAAGGAACGAUGGGAUGACAUGGAGAAGCGGAGGUUACGGGAGACGUCCGGGUUGCAGGUCGAGGUGCUCGAGCUCCUCCAGCGUGAGCGGGACCAGGCCAUUCGGGACGCCGCCGAUCUCGACGAGGGCAGCAGGAAAGAGAUUGAAGCCGAAUGGGACCAGAAGAUUGAGCAGAUGCGGGAUGUGUUUGAGAGGGCGAGGUCAGGCAAGGAGAAACGCCGCAAGGUUCCCGACUGGGCCAUUGAUGACAUUACCUUCGAGGUCAUGGUUGACCCGGUUAUUACAAAAACUGGCAAGUCUUACGAGCGCGCCGCCAUUGUCGAGCAUCUGCGCCGGCAACCCCAAGAUCCUCUCACGAGAGAAACCUUGUACAUAUCCGAAUUGAGACCGAACCUUGGCCUGAAGCAGGCCUGCAAUGACUUCCUCGAGGAGAACGGCUGGGCCGCAGACUGGUGA